AGCUCCAGAGAAGAAGAAGAAGAAGAAGAAGAAGAAGAAGAAGAACCAGGAAAACAAGAAGAAAAGAUGGCGGGACGUUUAAAAACUGCUCCGACAAGUGGAUGAACCUUCACACUGUUAUAUGAACGUGUUCCGGGAUCGAACCUUCACACUGACGUGUUGUCGCUGAAGCUCCGGGACCAUGAACCCUCGGCUCGGGCUGACAGGCCUCCCGCUCAGGCAGAGGUCGAGCCGGCUGAGGCGGAGCUGCAGAGCCGCUCAGAGAGCAGCGGAUCCCGGGUCAGAUCCCACACGCACUCCCGAUCUCAAGACGCCGACCAGAAGCUGCAGGUCCGGAGGAUCCGCUGUUUUCAGCGGAGAGUCUCCUCACAACGACUCCGACCUCCAGCAGGACAUCAUCUGGGACGCCACGUCUCCAUCUCCCAGCAGACUCAGUAAAAGAGGAAGAAGACAUCCUGGAGGUGUGAACAUCUCAGACAUCGUCAGCAGGAUCGCUCCAGAGCGCGGCAGACCAGAGGUCACAGAGCCCACGCUGCAGCAGUGGAUCGGAGACAGCGCCAUCAUCCCCUGCACUCCGGAGGUUCAAGUCCCCAAACACAAGAAGAAGUCCCCAAGGUCAAACGGCGUGGACGAGCUGCUGAAGUUGGCCAAACAGUUUGACUUCAACAUGUUCCGUCAGGACGAAGAAGAAGUGGAAGACCUGCACCAGCAGAGUCUGGAGCUCCUGUCUGAGGACAUCUUGGAUUUUGAGAACGACGACCAGGAGGAUUUUAAACCUUUGCUUCACAGAAGCUGUGAACCGGCCGGGACGGACGCACACGUUCUCCUGGACCAACACACGGAGAACCAUUUGGAUUUUCUAUUUGAUGGACCCACCCAACACGUGAGUGCCAGUUUAAGUCAGGUGUCGUCUGCUCAGACGUCACAAGUUAAACCUGCUCACGUUUUAUCUUCCAAAGAGGCUUCUGGGAAAUCUGCAGCUGUUUCCACCACGAACAGUCACGGAGGGGCAGCGCGCGAUGAGUUCGAGGACGACUGGGAAAACGACGACUUGUUAAUUGAUUCACUGGUUUUGGAGAUGACACAAAAUCCACAGAAGUUCACUGCUCCGAUGCACAGCUCGACACAGAAACCAACCAGCGACACAAUGUACCAGACGGCGGUGGAAAAAGAAAACGUGAGACAAAGAACAACGUUCAAACUGGAAUCUAAUCCUAACUUCUCUGUGAGGAGGAUCCAGACGUGGACAAACUCCAAACCAGCAGACGCCGACACUCGGAGCAGGUUUUCCUGUUUUUCAGCUCAGUCUCAGUUUCUCGGACAAACGUCAAACUCAGAACCGCAGAAGUCCUGGUUUGAUCAGAGGACGAGAGGUUUCAGCUCGUCUGCCUCGAACGCAGAUCCGAGUUUCCCAAAGAAACCUGUCGUACUUUCUUCCCUCGUGGAGCCCGUGGUCGUCUCUGACGUCCUGGAUGAGGACCUGGACGCCUUCUUCUUAUCGGACCCGGUUUGGGACGAUCCGGCUGACGACGACCUGCUGUGUGAAAUGUGCGAGGACCUGGAGAACCAGAUCCAGAGCUCGGACAACAUGUCCGCCAAACAGACUCCUCUUAUCCGCCAGACGUCAAACAGGAGAGCAGCGCUGCAACCGUCCAACAGAACCUGGGACAACAGGAGCCCCCAGCCAGCCAAUCAGCAGCCAGUUCUCCAGAAACAAACGGGUCGCACGCUGGCUGCCGUCUCUUCCUCUAACGUCACUGCAGGCGUUCAGGUGAACGUGGUGAAGGAUUCGUUCAGAUGCACUUCAGGAUCCAGCAACCUCAGCACAGCGGCGAGCAGCCGGGUUCAGUCAGCUGCUGCGGCGCCGCUGCGUAACGCCAACAAAGAGCAGUUCACCUUCAAGAAGCCAAACAACCCAGUUUCCACUGAGACCGACGAAGUUGUGGGUAAAUGUUCGGCAGCAGAGAUCGAGCUGAAGAAGCUGCGGGCGAUGGAGAAAAGACGACAGCGACUGAAAGCCGCUCAGAACCUCGGAGCUCCGACGUGACAUCACCGCCGCGCGUGACAUCACCGCUCCGACGUGACAUCACAGCUGCGACGUGACAUCACCGCUCCGACGUGACAUCACCGCUGCGACGUGACAUCACCGCUGCGACGUGACAUCACCGCUCCGACGUGACAUCACCGCUGCAGGUGUGACGUCACCCUCAGAAUACAGAUUUGUUCUGCUACAGAUUCUGUAAAACUCUAAUUUCAUGAUUCUUUUCUGUCUCAUUUAUUUUUGGAAUCACAACAUUUUGUUUAAAGGAAACUUUUACUUUUGUCUGUGUUAAGAUUCACUUCAGAUCAUUUUCACUAGUGAUCAUUAAUGAUGGGGACAUCAUUGAACUGCAUAGUUAGCUUAGCAUUAAGCCGUUAGCCUCGCUCUGCCUGAUAAAGUGUUAUUGUGUCGUGUUGAAUCCAGACACAAACUAAACCUGGUGGAUUUAGGUUUAGUUAGCGACUUGAGCCGGAACAUGUUUACACCAAACCUGAGAUUCACACGGUGACGUCACCGUACCAGUUCUAUGUUAAACCCACAUGACGUUUGUUUCUGCAGAAAAGACAAACUCAGAAAUGAAGGCUAAGCUAAGCUAAGCUAAGCUAAUGAAACUGCCGACUGAUCCUGAAGGAAUCGACGAAUCACACGAUCGCCUCAGCACGUCUUAGUCUGAGGCCGCUGAUGGUUUGGACUUUAUUUAGUUUUGCAUUUACACUCGUGAUGAAAUCAUUUUAUCUUUAACUCUAAAACACUGACAUGAAACAGUCAAGCAUAUUUUACAAGAUUCAUUUUAAAUAAAUAAAAGUUCCAUGAAUAAG